AUGGGUUCACAGGAGUCACAUUCCGGUCCAUCCACCGAGCCACCAACAUACACAAGCACUGGACCGGAUGCUUUCCCGGCAGCCACGGGACUCACUUCUCACACUGACAAUGUAAAGGAAGUCUCCCGUCUCAUUCUAAACAUCUUCUUGCAGUAUGCUCUCAACAAGUUCGAGUACACGGAAGACCACAUUGAGUCCUCGGAAAACAGCCUUCUCAAUGCCAUUAGCCGGUAUGUGUCUGAAGGUGUGCGUCUCCAGGCUUGUCUUCCUGCUUUUCCUUUCAAAUCAGCAAAUAAAGUAUACAAAGUCCUCGGCAGUUUGCCAGACAAGGCUGAGGAGCUGGCUCUUGAGCGAUUGAACAGCCUGUGCAUGCGCAUCCAGGAGGUUUACGCCCCUGGUGCGGAGAUUCUCAUAAUCUCCGAUGGGAUUACAUAUAACGAUUUGUUGUGCAUAUCUGAUCGGGAGACAUGGGCUUACGGAGAAGCUCUUCGAAACAUGGUCGUCGAGAAGGGAUUCAACAACAUCUUGUUCGCAAGAAUAAGGGAUCUCCUCGACCGUUCUGUGCCAGAUAAGAUGAGCGAGAUUGUCUAUGUAGCCAAUUGCACGACGUUCCGUCGCUUGCUCUUAAACCGGUUCGGCAAAGACGAUAUUGACAUCGACCACGAGAUUGCCACAAACCCUGAUACAAAGUUGACAUAUCUGGGUUACAAACGUUUCCUGGAAUCAGAUCUUCAGUAUAUUUACCCGCGAGGAGAAAACCGUUCUGCGCAUAGCUAUAAACGUGAUUGCAAAUAUCUGGCCAAGCAGAUGCUCAUCAGGGGAUAUGCAUUUGCACAGGCAAUCAAAAACGCUUUCCCUCACCACCUACGGCUCUCAAUCCAUGAAUCCAUUUCAGGCAGCAAACUACCGAUUAGUUUACUGAACACGACGACAGGUUUCACAACCCCGUGGCACUGCGCUGUCGCUCAAUUGGCCAAUGGUAUCUGGGUUAGUGCUCCCAUGGGUGAGUUCAGUCGAGAUGACCGCCUGGAGUUGGUUCAUGUCAACGGCAACCCCAGUCACUAUCGAGAAAAGCAAAAUCACGGAGACCUUGCUCCUAUAAACGAGACCAAUGCCAUCUACAUGCAAUCGGCUUCGUCUAUUGACAUGAAGAAAUAUGUUAAAAGUGCGCUCCAAAAUGCAACACCCCGCACAUUAUCAUCCAGCGAUGUAUCCAGGUCUUCUCUGGAGGAGCAGUCCUUCAGCACGCCGGAAACCCUGUCAAGCGGGGAAUUAACGCCUCCUGAAUCAGAGCUAGGAAUUAACCCAGAUAAGGUAAAUGACCCUGCAGUAACGGCAUCGUCAUCGCCCUACGGCAAAAGACUUCUUCCACAGAUCAUGGAUGAUCUCGCUGCUGCCGAGCCGGAUCGCACUGUUUUCUCUCUUGCAUCUCUUGUCCACGGACUGAUUGAGCUCAGACACGUCUCCGCUCGGAACUUUGCCCAAGCAGUUGACAAGGUUGCAUGGUGGCUUCGCGCCCAGGUGGGAAUAUCAGAUGCCAUUCAAGCUGUGGCCUAUAUUGGACCACAUGAUCUCAGACACGUUCUAUUGACAUAUGCAUGUAUCAAGGCGGGCUACGCAGCAUUAUUUCUAUCACCAAAAAACAGCACAAAAGAAGCUCUGGCGGUGCUCGAGUCAACUGGCUGCACUAUUUGGGUCAAUGCAAUCGAUGCUGCUCCGAUCACUUUGGUCAAGGAGGUUCUUGAAAAUCGUCAAAUGAAUUUCCUAGAGCUUCCUCUACUCGAUGAGCUUCUUGAUGCAGAGUCUACUGAGCCUUUCCCGUACACCAAGUCAUUUGAAGAGGCAAUGAAGGAUCCAUUCUGCUUCCUACAUACUUCAGGAAGUACUGGUUUGCCCAAGCCGAUUCCCUGGUCCCACGGGCUCAUCGGAACUAUGGAUGCAGUACGACUGCUCCCGCCUGUGGGGGAGAAUGCUGAUCUUGUUCCGUGGACUUCUAAUUGGAAUGAAGGAGACAAGAUCUACUCGACAUUCCCAAUGAGUCACGGCGCUGGUGUUAUCAUGGAUAUCCUGAUGCCUGCACUUUUUAACCUACAGUGUGUCUUAGGACCGGUUGGGGUUUUACCAAACCUCAAUCUUGUGGAAAGACUAGCUGUGGACGUAGGAAUUGACAUAUGGAGCAUGGUCCCCUCACUAGUAGAUGAAUUGGGUGAAACUCCGUCAAUAUUAAGGCAACUCGCAUCGAGUAAAUUUAUCUGUGCAUCUGGAGGUCCUGUUAGCCCUGUCAGCGCUGGCAAGGUGAAUGAGGUAGUAAGAGUCCUCAAUUUGACCGGUACCACGGAGGGUCUCUUUAUUGGGAACCUUGUACCACGACGAGAGGACUGGUUCUGGUUCUGUUUCCAUCCCUAUUCUGGUUUCGAGUUCAAAAAGCUUGAAGAAGAUACCUAUGAGCAUUGGGUGCAUCGCAACGAGCACUGGCGCCUCUUUCAGGGCAUCUUUCACACGUUCCCUGACAAGGAUUCAAUCAACUUCAAGGACUUGUACAUGAAGCACCCUUCCAAGCCUAAUCUUUGGGCAUUCAAGGGGAGAAGCGAUGAUCUCGUUGUUUUAUCUAACGGGUAUAAAAUCUCGCCCUUGGAAACAGAGGCAUUCAUCUCAACGCAUCCAGCCGUUAAUGGUUGUCUCAUUUUCGGAACUGGGAAGCCUCAGGCUGGCCUACUCGUUGAAUUAAAAGAAUCCGCAGUUAAAACAGAGGAACUGCUGGAUGAUAUUUGGCAGACAGUCAUGAAAGCCAACGCAAUUUCUCGUCAUAAAAAUCAAUUGUUGAGAGAUUUUGUCACGUUUGCGCUCCCCGACAAGCCCUUUCUUCGGACAGACAAACGCACUGUGAAAAGAGCCGCCACUUUGGCCCUGUAUGCUGAUUACAUCGAGCGCUUUUACAACUCGCGAAAUGAUGACUCAGAUGUAACUUACAGCUUGGACACAAGCACCAUCGAGAGCAUGGAAGACUCGAUCCGAACCAUUUUGAGUGUAUCAUUUCCUGCAGCUCAUAGCGCCUCUCGGGAGGAAAAUCUCUUUUCACUCGGGCUCGACUCCCUUGCUGUGUUUGCGACUGUGAAGGCAGUUCGGGCAGCAUCUGGCCUGGGAGAUAGCAUUGGUCCUCGACACGUCUACGCGAGUGAAACAAUUGCCAGCCUUGCAGCUACUGUUAUGCAACUGAUGGAAGCACAAAAUGCCAAAGACGCAGCGCCAUCAGAUCAAGCCCAGCCUCAAUCUGAUAUCGGAAUCGAAACUAUGAUAUCUCAGCACAAGGCUCGGCAGUCAUUCCGUUUAAAUGCCUUUGACUACGUUAAUCCUAACCAUGGCAUGGGACUCGUUCUUUACUUCUCUCUUCAUGACGGGGUAACGUUCCAACAGGUUUUUGCCAACCUUCAAGAGGGACUCAAUCGCACUUUCGAUCUGAUACCAGCGUUGAGCGGUAAGAUAAUGCAAUGCUCUGAGCAGGAAUUUGGAUACACUCAAGGAGAUCUUUGUGUAUCCAUUCCACCACUUUCCAUGGCAGAUUCCGUGAAAAAUCGACUGGUAUAUAAAGAUCUCUCAAGCAUUCUACCACCCUUCGAGAAGCUUCGGGAGGCAGGUUUUCCGCCUUCAGCCUUCAAAGACGGUCUUGUUUUGCGAGACGAUCCUUUUCCAAAAUUCCCAGCAGAUAUCUUCUCUGGCCAAGUCAACUUUGUUUCGGGUGGCUGCAUUGUUGCAGUUGAUCUGAACCACUGCUGCCUCGAUGGCCUAGGAGCCUUAAUCGCUCUCAAGGCUUGGGCUGAGAACUGCAGAUUUCUACAAGGUGACCGUACCGCAACUUGCAGCUGGUUUGAUCCUGAAAGCUUCAAUCAUAGCCUACCUGAAAUUAUUCACGAACGAGAGGGAUGGGCUCGACCAGUUGAGAGAAUCGACCCUGGAGUAUGGGGUUUUCUGCCAUUCAUCCCACCUGACAAUGAUGAUCAAAGCAACGCAAAAGCAGCACCGCCAUCUGACACAAGUAGCAAAACUGGUGCCAAAGAUCUAGAAUUACCCCCUCCUCCGAAAUUCACUUUACACAAUGUUUGGCCACUUCCCCGUGCUGAAAGGUGUCUGAAAACAACGGUGUUUCGCAUCCGGCCUGAUAGACUUGAGAGGAUGAGAGAAGAAGUUCUAGCAGACCCAGAAGCCAAGGGGGUAAUUAAGUCAAUAAGUGACAUUGUGCAAGCCUUCUUAUGGCGGGCUGCCCUCAGGGUUCGAUAUCGCGUUGCAAAAGAUAUCCGAAAGCAGACAUUCGGACCCGACGAGCUAUCAAUUCUUGAGUUGCCCACCGAUGGGCGGCCGUACUUCUCUUCUUUGUUGCCAUCCACAUACAUGGGCAGUAUGCUGAUUCUUAAUCGGUCCACCAUGCUUGUUGAGACCCUUUGCUCUGACGACACCAGCAUUGGGCGCGUUGCUUACGUCCUCCGUCAAUCUGCUGCACGCAUCACGCCUUCAGUCGUGCAUGACGCUUUCUCGAUCUUACAAUCACUGCCCGAUCACAGUCGAUUCUCAACAGCCAAUAUGGGCAUCGAACACAUGCAUGCCAUGAUAUCCAACAUGAUGCUCUUUCCGAGCAAUGAGGUGUGUUUUGGAGACGCUUUUUUCGCUAACCGGGGUGUUGCGGAAUCCUUACGGCCCCAGCUUGAGCGCGGGAACGGUCGGUUUCGAUUUUUGGUUAUCUUGCCGAUCAGGGAAGACGGAGGCAUUGAGUUUUGUUUUGGCAUGCAUCCUGAAGAGCUCGAGGUUUUCCUGGCUGAUAAAGAGUUGAUAAAAUAUGCAGAACUGGUUGACACUGCCUAG